AUGAGAUUCGAUAAGAGGAACACGACUGGCUACAAGAACGUGACCUUCGAUCACAGCACAAAGAAGUUCGUGGCGAAGGUGAAUGAUGGCGGCAAGCGUGUCCACCUCGGCUGCUUCGACACCGCCGAAGAGGCGGCCACCGCCUACGCUCGCUCAGAGUACGGCCGCGCCGACGCCGCCAAGCAGCUGCAGCCCCGCGCUGCUCCCACUGCCGCCGGCGCCGCGGCGAUACUGCAGGCGGCGAGGGAGGGCCUCACCCUCACCGCCAGCAGCAACAACAGCACAGGCUACAAAGGCGUGGCCUUCUGCCCGAAGCAUUCAGGCAGCAAGAAGUACGAGCUGUCGGUGUGGGUUGGCGGCAAGAAAGUCUUCCUCGGUUACUUUGCCACCGCCGAGCAGGCGGCGCUCUUCUACGCCCGCAGGGAGGCGGGCAGGGACACCAGCGAUCUCACCUGA